AUGUCAGAUAGCGCUGCGCGGCCAAAGGCUGCACAGGCACUCAGUCCGUUAUGGACGAAAGCGUUAGAACGACUCGAGAACAAUACCGGCAUGAAUUUGCUUAACAUCGCCGACAACGCCGAACCACGCGCCACAGAAGUGAAAAGGAUCAAUGACACGGAGAGUCUGAUUUCCGUGCUGCAAGCACGUCGCAAUUGCGACAAGAAAUUCGCUAAGGCGCUUGACGGUCUCCUCACUUCGGUGAACAAUAUCUCGCAGGAUAUAGAGAAGCUCUUGGCUUACAUACCUGACGGCAGCGGGAAUGAUCUACGGAAAGAGAUGAUAUUCCGAUCAUUGGGACUGCUCUUCUUAGGCGUUACAGAUGGCAACGGGCUAGAAGCGGUCUCCCGUCUAUUUGCUCAUGUUCCUCGAAUCAACGAGGACAUAGGUGCGAGCGUGCUAUUAGGUACGAGCGCCGUCAUCGAGCGCAUCCUCGUGUCCUACAUUGUCCUUGCUGGGAACGUGUACAAGACCAUUGACACGAAGAGAAGAAACUCAUUCGACGCCCAGUUCCAGCGGGGAUGGGACAGAGUGCUUCGCAAAUACGCCGGUCUCAUCGGUACAGACACGAAAUCAUCGGGCGCUCCUGUGAUGAUUACAUCAGCCCAGAAGCUGGCAGCGAAGCUGAGCUCGCAAUGUCGCCAGCUGAACGUGAAACCGACAGACGAAACACGCAUCAAGGAGUCUAUACGAGCAUUGGCGGAAUCAGUGAUUUCCAUGGAGGUGAAGACAAAGGUGUACCAGGAUGUGGAUUCGGUCAUACUAGGAUCGUUAUUUUCUUUAACACAGGCCGCGCGGGGAAAGAGUUCUGGAAUUACGCACAUCGUGGACCUGAUAGCUACCCUCACCGACAUCCUCAUACGCGUCCUAACAACAGCUACAGUGUCGUCAUCAGUUGGCAUCUUAUUUGUCCGUGUCAAGGCACAGGUCAUGACGAUUUUCGGGGAAGCAAUCAGGUUAUUGAACAGGGCAUACUCGGCACCGCGUUGGCCACUCAAGGGUAAAUCCUCAUCGCCGUCAUUUCUGCAUGAUGAACAGCUGCAGGGGGCAGUCGGAGAGCUCUCAUGGCUCGUCGAAGCGGCUGUUGAUGGCCCAUCCCAUAGCGAGGAAUCAGCGUCGGAGUUCAGCCAACUAUGGGAGAAGGCAAAGAUGCGCUACCUGGCUGAUAGCGGGCUCAAUAUAUCCUUUUUAUCGUCCGUUGAGCGCGGCGACUCGCUUGCGGCACUUGAAACAGCCUUACACAGCGGUCGAUAUAGCUUUCUGCAAGAGCACAAGAAUGCACACGAGAUCGAGAAGCUGUUGAUACCGGUGAUUAGAUUCGUUAAGCCAUUUGUGAAGCCGGCAGGGAAGCUUUUGGAGCCGCAUCUUCCUGGAGCAACAUUCGCUGCAGCGGCCAUCGAGAUAUUACUAGACGCUGCGGACAGGUUUGGGGCUACGUAUGAGCCAAUCCUCACCCUGUUCAGCACCCUGUCAGACUAUCUUAGUCGGAUUCGGGUGCAUGAAAGUAGCGGUAUCGACCCGGUCAUGAUGAAGAUCCACGUUGAGGUGCUGUGUGAACUGCUCAAGAUCAUGGGGAUUGUUACCGGACACAUCAACAAAGGAUACCUAGGUGAGUGCAUAAUCACUGAUCAGUGGUUAGAUCGUCUAGUUUCUGGAGGAGGAGAUGUGCAAUCUGCACUGAAGAGGCUGGAGGCGCUUGUAGAUGCAGAAGGCAGGAUGACCGGAGCGCUCGUCCUCUCGAGGACAAACGACAUCAAGCAUGGCGUGGACGCUAUUCAGGAGAGCAUAGGUAAGCCGAUCAGUACUAUGCCUCCCGCUCUGACGGACAGCUCUACAAGGCGACCGAAGUUCCCUCCAAAGCCCUCGCUUUUCAUCGGUCGGCAGGAGCAGAGGAAGGACGUGGCAGAAGCGGUCCUCAGCCGGAGACCGACCAUCGUCCUGGGAGCAGGCGGAAUAGGGAAGACGACCGUCGUCACGCAAGCGCUCUAUGAUGCUCAGAUCAUCUCGCAGUUCCCAUACCGCUACUUCGUCUCCUGUGAGGACAUAAUCACAUUGGAUGGAUUGCACCACGGUAUCGCGGACGCGCUUGGCAUUCCCGCAGAGCUACGCAACGAGCAGCUACCAACACGCGUUUUACACGAGUUGGGACAAAGGCCCUCCAUCCUCUUCCUUGACAACUUCGAGACGCUGUUUGACGUCGCAGCUGUGCGGCGUGCGGUGGAGACGGAACUGGAGGCAUACGCUUGCGUUGACAGGCUAGCACUGGUAGUCACCAUGCGUGGAGCUGAGGCUCCUGCCACCGGCAGGAUCCAGUGGGCAAAGGUCCUCCUUACUCCCCUGUCUCACGAAGAGGGCGUAGCUCUGUUCAGGAGCACGGCUCUGAUCCCCGAUGUCAUUAAUGACCCAUUCGUUGACAGCCUCGUCGACGCCGUGGACAGCCUGCCUCUCGCCGUCACGCUCCUUGCUCACCAAGUCCAGCCAGAACUCGGAACGACGACGCGAGCUCUGUGGAGUCGAUGGGAGAAGAAACAUGUAGAGAUGGUUACGCGCUCCGAUGGUGCUCGAGACAGACUACUCGACCUGUCAACGUCAAUUGAUCUGUCGAUCAACAGUCCUCGGAUGCAGCACGAGCCCUCCGCUAAAUCCGUUAUGGCCUUACUUGCCCAGCUCCCGAGCGGUUUGCCGUUGGGUACCGACACCUCGGAGCAGAUGCAGAGCGCCCUCGAAGAUUCUGUUGACCUCUCUUUAUCCCUCCAGACGCUCUGCCGAGUGGGACUAGCAUAUACCGAUACGAAUGGAACCCACCCACGCUACCGGAUGCUUGCCCCAAUCCGAGAGUAUUGUCGAGGUCAUCCUGGGCUACAGCCAUCAGGAUCGCUCUGGGAAUCGCUCAGUACCUUCUAUUCUAUGUUUGUCACGAUGAAUCGCAACUACGGAGAGCCUGAAUGUCUUGCCGUCGUCCCCCCGGAGAUCCCUAAUAUCCGUCAGGUACUUGCUUCGCGAGAUUGGAAGACGGAAGCAAUCCCAUCUGCAAUUCGUGCUGCCGUCGACUACACUGAUUGGCUAGACUUUCUUGGAGCUCCAUCUGUCGAACUGCUCCAGCUCUGCAUUGCUCAUGUCCGUGACAACGAGCUACUUGGCGACUGCCACUACACCAUGGCAACAGUAUAUCGCCACCUCAAUCGCUAUGAUGAUGUCGAGACAGCGCUGGAUCUGGCGCUUAAGCACCAUAGAGCUUCGAGCAGCCAGCAAGGUCAAGCUAACGAUCUCCAGGACCUCGCAUGGAUGUACCAGUACAGAGGAGACCUCACACAUGCAAGAGACAGCUUGAAGGAGGCACUGUCACUUCACUCUGCGAUUGGGGACCGCUUGGGCGAGGCCAAUGUUCUCCGGAGUCUUGGAGAACUGAUUUAUCGACAGGAUGACUAUGACAAUGCAGAAGCAUAUCUAAAUGAUGCCCUGUCGCUUUAUCAUGCCAUAAACGAACGCCUCGGGGGAGCAAACACACUUCAAAGCCUCGGAGAUGUGUACUGUCGGAGGGAUGACUUUGACAAUGCGGAGCACACAUACAAGAAGGCUGCAUCGCUCCACCACUCACUUCAGGGCCGCCUCGGCGAGGCCACUGCUCACAGGAAUCUCGCCAUGAUGUAUAUUCUGAGAGGGGAUCUUGACGAGGCGGAGGCAUCAUCCCGCAUUGCUCAUGAUCUUUUCCGUACCAUUCACCACCAGCAUGGUCAAGCGGAUUGCCUGCAAGACCUCGGGGAGAUUCACCUGCUCCGGGAGGACUUUACCGAUGCCGAAAUAUCGCUCAAGAAUGCCUUAUUCUUGCACCAGGCUGUCCAGGACCGGAUAGGUGAGACCAAUGAUCUCACAUUCCUCGGCGAGAUUUACAUGAAGUUAAAUCGCGAUGCCGAGGCUGAGAAGGUGCUGUGCGAUGCAGUCAAGCUGUGCCGCACCAAUCAUGAUCCUCUCAGCGAAGGGAACACGCUUGAAACCCUUGGCAGUGUCUACACAAAAAUGGAGCGCUUCGAUGAGGCAGAGAUGUCCCUCAUUCGAGCUGUCGAGCUGCAUCGAGGAAUGGAAGGGACUGAGGAGAACAUUCGGCGUGACGAGACGGCACUGGAGGAGCUUCGGCAAGCCCGAGAGGAAUUUGCUCGAGAGGCCUCGACGUUGACUGAACAUCAAUGA